AUGGAGAAUCUCCCGACGUACAUCCAUGUGAGCCUUCAACAGAGCACAAAGCCCACGGAGCGGAUUCAUCUUCCAGUCAAGUUUCGAAUGACAGACCCCACUCUUGAGAAGAUUGCCGUCAAAAAAAUGAAAUCUAUAGAGAAAGGAUACUACUAUCCUUUUAUUGACAUUGUCUUUGUUAGAGGGGGUGUUGACCUCACAAAGAACCCUCACGUCGAUCCAAACAACAACAAUGAGAGCGGCCUCUACCGUAGUGUGCAAAUAAUAACAAAAAAGAAGGACGGCGAGGAAGAAAUUGAUAAUAGUUUCAUAUCACCAGAUGAAGAUGCUUCGUGCCUUCACGGUUAUCUAUUUUUCGCGUACAAGACUAUGGAAGAUAUGCAUACCACGAUGUUCACAUCUUCUUGGAAGACCUGGUCGGGAGCUAGGAUGUUGUAUUCAAAAAUGCCCGAAGAUAAUGAUGUUUCCAAGCUCUCAUUUUACAAGCGAGUUUCGGGAAAUUUGAAUUUCGAGUACAUUCUAAUAGCAAAGAUAAGAAAUAUGAUGCUAAACGCUGCUCCAGCUCUCAAUGUUUUGCAUUAUAUGAAGCCAAAGGUUUGCGCAUAUGUUGGAGCGUAUCGCAAAAUUCCAUUCGAGGUAAAUCGAGAGCUUUGCGAAUGCCUAGGACUUCAAGAUGCUAACUACGCGGACGCGCUGACCACAAAAAUGCGUGUCAUAUAUAGUAAUAAUACAGGUUAUGUUCAAUUGUCCGAUCAUAUCGAAUUCCGAUGCAAGGAUGAAGAAGAGGAGAAAGAAUUUAAAAAGAAGAAUCCAACUAAGAGAAACACUGAAGUUCAAACUGAUCCUCCAAUUGCUCGUCAUACCAAGAGAACCCUUCCUAGAACACUUUCAUCAUUUCCAGUACCUGGCACCUCAUCGAUUAGGGAGACUGAAAUCGAAGCAGGCUAUAGUAUCCCAUCUCCAGAGUAUAUAAUUCACAACAUCAUGGAACACAAACAUCGUAUAGUCAAAAUAGGGGAUCAUUGCCUUUUGGUGUUAGACAACCGAGACCUUGUUGUUCAACCUCAAACUCGAGCUCCCAUUGUUGAUAUCAGUCCAAAACGUGAUUCGCCAAAUGCUCCAAAUUUGGGAAACAAUCAAAACAUGGAUGCGAUGAAUAUGAAUUAUACGGCGCCAUCCACCAGCAGGAUAAUGUCUCCAAUUGCGCCGAUAGACGAUGGCGCACUUCUUCGUCGCCUCAAGACCCAAUACUUCAAUUCACCGGAAUACACCGCGGCCGAACUCUGCUCUUCCACUUCACUGUAG